UCUCUUUUUAGAUAAACAGCAUCAUGGGUCGCAAAUUCGUUGUCGGCGGAAACUGGAAGAUGAAUGGUGACAAGAACCAGAUCAACGAGAUAGUCAACAACCUGAAGAAAGGUCCUCUGGACCCCAAUGUUGAGGUCGUUAUUGGUGUGCCUGCCAUCUACCUUGCUUAUGUGAAAAGCAUCAUUCCUGACACCAUCAGUGCAGCUGCCCAAAACUGCUGGAAGACCGCUAAAGGAGCGUUUACUGGUGAAAUAUCGCCAGCAAUGAUCAAAGAUGUGGGCUGCGAGUGGGUGAUCCUUGGCCACUCGGAAAGAAGAACAAUCUUUGGCGAAAAGGACGACUUAGUCGCUGAGAAGGUUGCCCACGCAUUGGAGUCCGGUCUGAAAGUGAUCGCGUGCAUCGGCGAGACCCUGGAAGAGCGUGAGGCGGGCAAGACCGAGGAGGUGGUGUUCCGGCAGACGAAGGCGCUGAUCCCCGCCAUCGGCAGCAACUGGGACCGCGUGGUGCUGGCCUACGAGCCCGUGUGGGCCAUCGGCACCGGAAAGACCGCCUCGCCUCAGCAGGCUCAAGACGUACACGCGUCCCUCCGCAACUGGCUGACCGCGAACGUGUCCGCGGAAGUGUCGGGCGCCGUGCGCAUCCAGUACGGCGGCUCCGUGACGGCGUCCAACGCCAAGGAGCUGGCGUCAUGCGCCGACAUCGACGGUUUCCUCGUCGGCGGCGCCAGCCUCAAGCCCGAGUUCGUCGACAUCGUUAACGCCACUCAGUAAAUC